AUGUCGAACCAGGACUCUCCUAUGCGAAACUUCAGUCUACGAAACGUCAACUCAAGCAAACCUCAGCUUUAUCGAACAAACUCACAACAGUCCAUUGCUGCAUCGGACGACUACUAUUCUUUCUCGGAUCGAGCUGGGUCGUCAAGUCCAGAUAGCCGUGUAACCGCAAUGCGUUUCGCAACGCCAAACGAACGGUCUCCUCAGCCCUCUCCGUCCUCUUCGCACCGGAGACAGCUAGCUAGGGGACCCUCAAUGAUUCAAGACUACCAACAGACCCCUCAAGUCCUAGGGUCUCCACGCCCAGGAACCUCGAGUACAGUUCGCUCCGGCGAAGACAGAGUCGCUCGCAUCAGCCCCAAAUCAGAUGAGACAAUUCGACAAGUGCCUCCCAGCCGCGAGUACGCUGGAAGGGAGCCGACUCCUGGACUUGAUGACUCGCCCUAUGUUCGGUUCGCAAUCGAUCAGCUCACUGCCGAUGAACAUGCUCAAGGGCCCCAGCGAAUGGAUUCCGUCUCCACGAACACAACGAAUGACUACACUGGUGAGCGACUUGUGUGGGAUGAGAGCUUGGGUUAUUUCACUCGCGCUCGAACUCCAAUCCGACACAUGGAAGUGCCCGAGCGACCAAAGUACAAGUCACCCUCACCGCAAGCACUUCCUCAGAGACCCAAUUCGAUCGAUCCAGAGUCUUUUGUAGCUGUUGAUGCGCCAGAGGACAGCCUCAUGUAUCCUCCGCUGGACUAUCUCCCGAUGAUGCUACGGGCCUGGGCUUUGGGUGGAGUGAUUCUCUGCUGCCUGCUCAUGAUCGCUGGUAUUGCAUUCUGCAAUAUCUGGUCUCAUCGCCAUCAAGGAAUUUGGGACUACACUGGCCAGGGUGAUUCCCGGUACUUUGUGAUGGAAUUCCUUCCCCAAAUUCUGGCUGCACCCAUCAUUAUACUCAAUCUUAUGGUUCAGUCCGCUGUUUAUCGAACUGCGCCAUUUGCCAUCAUGGCAGCUAACCGCCAAAUCGGUUAUGUCUUGCAGGGCUUGCCCAUCCUCCCUCGUAACUUUGUCUUCCCCGAUCUCUCGCACUUUCGGUAUGGGGAGGCUCUCUUUGGCUUCUCUAUGUUUACGAUUUGGCUAUCAAACUUUUUCUCUAUCCCACUCUUGAGCUGCUUGUUUCAGGCAAAGUUUUAUGACGUGGACGGCGAAGGAGUAUGGAGAUGGGCGUCUGUACAAUCGGUGGGAUGGACUUUGAUAGCUUCAUAUGGUCUCCUGACGAUUGGGCUGAUUGGGCUCCUCCUUCGAUUCGUCUUCCGAUGGACCGGCUUGAUGUGGGAUCCGGUUUCCCUGGCAGAUCUGAUCUCCAUCAUUCAACGGUCCAAUAUCCUCCAUGAUUAUGAGCACUCGGAAACCGUUCCGAAAGUUAAAGAAUCACUGGACCCUCGCAUUCUUCGCCUCGGCUACUGGAAGCUGUCAAUGAAGCCCGAGGUUUUCUACGGCAUUGGGGAAAUGGAUGCUCCCAUUCGCACACCCUCCCUCCACCAAACCGAAAAGGGCAAAGACAAGCAGCCCCAUGGCCUCGCCAAGGUCACUUUUGACCUCGAGCACGCCGGCGCUUUCGCCAAUGACCCAUUUGACCACCAUCUCUACUCUCCAUUCACCCGAUACCGCUGGACGCCAUGGUUCCUCCGCAAGGCUGCUGUCAUCACCUGGGUCAUCAUCGUCUUCGCACUCUUCAUCGCCUUUGUAACUGUCAGUUUCGUAAACGAUGCGGUCGAAGGAGGCUUCCCUCCCAAACUUCCAACGCUCCCCUCAACUGGUGCCUUCUCCUCCUCCAACUUCCUUUACAGCUUCAUCCCCGCAACCAUAGGCAACGUUCUCUUCCUCGCCUGGCAACCAAUUGACACCUACUUCCGCGCCCUCCAGCCUUUCGUCGAACUCUCUUCCCCUAACGGCACUUCCGCCGAAAAAAGCCUACUUCUCGCCUAUCCAUCUUCUGCCCCAAUCCAAGUCACCCUCCAAGCCAUCAUCAACGGCCACUACAAAGUCGCUUGGAUCUCCUUCAUGAGCCUUGUCUCCAUCGCCAUUCCUAUUCUCGCAGGUGGAGUCUUCGUCGCCCUCUGGUAUCCCACCAGCUCCGACGUUCGCAUCUCCGCCCUCAUGCCUGCCUUCUACGCCCUCGUCGCCUUCUGCGGCCUCUACGCCGUGUCCUUCCUAUCGAUCUGGCCAGGACGCCGCCGCUACCUCCCUCAUGACAUCAGUACCCUCGCCGACCUGAUGAGCUACUUCUACCAAUCCCCUCUCCUCGCGGAUAAACUCCUCCGCGAGCCACGCAGCAAAACCGACCUCGUUACGCGCCUGAUUGUAGCCCCGCCCUCCGAGCGUCUGCUGCCCAUGUACGGCUUCGGAAUCUACGUUGGUCGUGAUGGCAAAGAGCAUCUCGGUAUUGACCGUUUCCAUCGGCCUGGUCGGACCGAUAUGUUAAUUACGACGGGGACGAUGAAAUGA